AUGCCCAUUUCUGUCUCAUCAACGCUUGCAUCUGCUUCUGCUGGCAGCGACAGCCACCACCAGCAGAAGCAGAUGCAGUCUUCGAAGAGGUCCAAGUCCGUGCACUUUGCCACGACACAGGAACUAGAGACAUACAGACCUCAGCUGCCGUCGCACUACCCGACACCGUCCUUUGUCCGUCCUGUUCCUCAAAAGGGAUCCACCGCCCGACGCUAUACAAUAGAUGAAGUGGAGUUAUACUUUAGUGAAGAUCGCUCUGAAUAUCCUGUGCUGCUUGGUGACUACGCAGUGCAAAAAGCAGCUCGUCGCGAGAAUUUCGUGCUCUGUGGAUUCCUUGAGACUCGUCGCGUGACAUUGGGUCACACGAGUUGGACCACCCAUUGGGCCGAGCUGUAUCCUGGUAUUCUAAUGCUUCGCAAAUUCACCGACACAGCUCUUCGCAAAAGGUCGCUGCUUCCACUCGCGAAUUGCAAAUUGGCCUUCCUCGACCUGAAAGAACACCCGGUCAUGCAGAUGGAGUUUUUUUAUCAAGGAAGACGAGACACGAGCGUUCUUCGGUUCCAGACGAAACAGGAUUUGUUUCUGUGGUGGUGGUCGAUCCAAGUAGCUACCCAAGUACCAAUGGAACAUCAAUUGCUCCACAAGUCCAUGAGUCAGUCGACGGCGUCGCCAUUCCAGAUCAAAGAGGGAACGUAUCAAGUGGAUAACGUUCUUUUCCCUAAAAUUAUGCAGCCCGUACUCCAUCCGCGAAAAAAGAAGCUGCAAGCUCCUCGCGGGGUGACUCACCUCAUUUUUAUUCGCCACGGAGAGACUGAGAACAUCAAUUUUCGCGUUUGCGACAAAGACAAAAGGCUGACAAAGCGAGGGAAGCAACAGGCAAAGAUCACUGCAAAAUAUCUAAAUAGGAUGCUUCAGGCAAGAGGAAGUAACACCCCUUGCGUUCAUCUGGUGUAUGGAGGGUUGCGGCGGACUGUUGAGACGGCAGCCGUGUUUGACGAUGUCAUGCCGUGGAUCGCCAACAAGAACGAGUGCUGCUUUUUGGAGGACGGAGCGCCCAAAUCUGUCGAUAUUUACCAGCGCUACGAAUUCCGUGAGUCGAUGCACAAGAUGGCAUUUCAGAGCAUUUGUCGGUGGGACGGAGGCGAUAGCUUCGUGCGUAAUCCAAGCGGCGAGCCAGAGAACUUCAAGAUUGCCAUCGCACAUGCGAGUUUUAUCCAGUAUUGUAUGGCUCAAUGUUACAAUGUUCCUAAGGAGAUUGUUCAGCUGGGCGCCCCUAUUAGCCACUGCAGCAUUACGCGGAUCGACGUCAGGUCGAGUGAUGAAUUUGUCGGCAAGUUUUCUAACCUUGUUUCGCACUUGCCGCUCACUCACCAGACUUGUGAGUAA